AUGUUGAGGGAUGCUAAAGAUCAACGACUGGGCUGGGAUGAACCGGUACCGUUGAUGAUUGAUGAAGUUUGGAGAAAAUUCCACCAGCAACUCAGUUCGCUCAAUGAGAUCCGAAUAAAUCGAUGCGUUAUCAUUUCUAACCCUGUUCUGCUUGAGAUCCAUUGUUUUUCUGAUGCGUCAGAGAAGGCGUACGGAGCUUGUGUGUACAUCCGCAGCCAGAACUCCCAAGGUCAACGGAAAGCAACCCUCCUUACAUCAAGGUCACGCGUAGCACCGUUGAAGUCGCAAAGUAUUCCUAGGCUAGAGUUGUGUGGAGCAUUGCUUGGGGCCCAGCUGGUAGUCAUUGUGAAAAAGGCCCUCAAGGGCGAAGUCUCGACAUUCUUUUGGACCGACUCCACAUGUGUUCUACGCUGGCUUUCCUCUACGCCGUCAACCUGGACUACUUUCGUGGCCAACAGGGUGAGCAAAAUUCAAACCAUGACCGAAGGGUGUCAAUGGAACCAUGUAGCAGGAAAGCAGAACCCCGCGGACUUAAUCUCUCGUGGUAUUCUACCCGAGGAGAUUCUUGACAACGAGUUUUGGUGGAAUGGUCCACAAUGGUUAACAGAAAGCAUGGAGAGCUGGCCAAUCGCCUCGGUCAGCAUGCUUGAAGAAGAAGGAGAAGACGAAAGGAGACACAAAAAGGUAGCUGCAACAACCUCGGUUAGCCGAGAGUUCAACAAUUGGUUUAUUUCCCACUUUUCCGACUAUACGAAACUUAUCCGUUCCACUGCUAUUUGGAUUCGCUUGAUUCGAGUUCUUAGAAAGUCAAAAGAAGGUCCAACUUCUGGCUUUCUCAAAGCGGCAGAGUUGUCAGAGGCAGAAAUUGUUAUGGUACGCCUAGUUCAGCGAGAAUGCUUCCAGGAUGAGCUAAAGUCAUGCUCAAGGGGGGAAACGGUUCCCAGAAAAUCACCAUUGCGUUGGUUCAACCCUUUUAUUCAGAAUGGCAUCAUUAAGGUCGGCGGUAGGCUGAUGCAUUCUCAGGAAUCCGAAGAUUUUAAACACCCCAUGGUUCUACCCGCGAAUCAUAAUUUCACCAAGCUACUUUUCGAAUCGUACCACAAAAAAUUGCUGCACGCUGGACCUCAGCUUACACUCUGCGCUGUCAGACAGCGGUUUUGGCCUCUGGGAGGAAGGAGCGUGAUUAGAAAUGUAAUUCACAAAUGCAUAAAAUGCUUCAGAGUGCGCCCGAAGCCUAUGGAGCAAUUCAUGGGGGACUUGCCUGCGGCACGAGUUAGAGAAUCACGUCCAUUCACUAAAACCGGGGUUGAUUAUUUUGGCCCGGUUUAUUUACGCCAUGCGCCGCGUAAACCUUCGAUAAAGGCUUAUGUAGCGGUGUUUAUUUGUUUUUCCACGAAGGCAGUGCACCUAGAAUUGGUGACUGACCUUACAACAGAUAGGUUUCUACAGGCGCUUAGAAGAUUCCUGGGACGUUGGGGAAAGGUUUCAGAUAUUUAUUCUGACAAUGGAACCAACUUCAUUGGCGCUAGAAACUAUCUAAAUGAUUUGAAGAAGGUUCUGAGAUCCAAGGAUCAUCUUGAACAAAUUACGAAAUACUGUGCAAACGACGGAAUCCAAUGGCAUUUAAAUCCUCCUCGAGCGCCGCAUUUUGGUGGCCUAUGGGAGGCGGCAGUAAAAUCUGCAAAACACCACAUCAUUAGGGUCAUUGGUGACCACCCUCUGUCCUUUGAGGACAUGCAAACGUUGUUGGUUCAGGUGGAGGCUUGUCUUAAUUCGAGGCCUAUUACACAGCAAUCAGAUGAUCCGAAUGAUUUAGAACCACUUACACCGGCACACUUUUGGUUGGGAUCUUCCUUGCAGGCUGUUCCAGAACGUGAUUUGUCGAACAUACCUGUUAAUAGGCUCGAUAAGACACAGCUGAUCCAACAAAAAGUCCAACAAAUUUGGAAUCGGUGGCGGAAAGAAUAUCUUUCGCAGCUACAAGCAAGAACGAAACGGUGGAAUAAAAAUGUUAAAAUCGAGAUAGGUAGAUUGGUAGUAAUCUGCGAUGACAAUGCUCCACCAAUCCAUUGGAAGAUGGGUCGCAUAUCUGAAGUACACCCUGGUCAAGAUGGUGUUGUUCGGGUGGUGACGUUAAAGACGAGUAGUGGGUUCAAAACUCGGGCGGUUGAGCGAAUAUGUUUAUUGCCAAUUCAGCCUGAGUCUGAAAUGCAGCCAAACGCUGUUCAAGCAUAA